AUGGAACCAACCCAAAGCUCCCCUUCCUCAAAUCUUCACAACAAUCACCCUUCAACGUUCUUCUUUGCAAACAACCCACAUGAAUACCCUCAACUCCAUGAAAGAGAACCCAUGUUCGAAAAACCCCUAACCCCCAGCGACGUCGGCAAGCUGAACCGCCUUGUUAUUCCAAAGCAACAUGCGGAGAAGCACUUCCCCUUGGCCCGCCCUGACUCGCUCGACAAAGUCUUGUUGCUGAGUUUCGAGGACGAGUCGGGCAAGUGUUGGCGUUUCCGUUACUCGUAUUGGAAUAGCAGCCAAAGCUACGUGUUGACCAAAGGAUGGAGCAGAUACGUCAAAGAGAAACAACUCGAUGCUGGUGAUGUUAUUUUAUUCCAACGCCACCGUUUGGAUGCCGAUAGAUUGUUUAUAGGGUGGAGGAGGCGCGGUGCGGCAGUGGACGUCGGGAACGCCGUCAUGGGAAAUAUCAGCGGCGGCGGGGGCGAUGAACGGUGGUGUGGUAGGGGAUUGUAUCAUGGGGCUAACGUGCCAUACCAACAUGAUUGUCUUCAUGCAGGAAGCAUGGCUCAAUAUCAAGUCCCAGGUGGGAACCCAAAGAGGUUGUGUGCGGCUGUUUGGGGGUGA